AGAAUUUUUCAAAAAUUGGUGCUUCAGACUUCAGCCACUUGAAGCUCCUAACCAUCUUAUAGGAAUGGUACCACGUCCCUAUAAGGGUGGGCGGAGAGAGCACCAUCCAUAUGACUAGGGAGUACGGCCCACCAGAUGCAUCCCAACUACUUUGCCCCACUUGGUUACAGGCCCACGUGACUGGACCCGGCGAUAGGACUGUAUAAAGUAAUCAAUAUAAACAUAUUAAAAAAGCUAUAACAAGUCGAUGUGGGAUUUUUUCUUCCUUAAACCAAACCAAAUCAAAAGUUGUUCUUCUCAGUUAGUGUAAAAAUGAUGCUAUCCGACUCUCCACUCCUCAUCUCACUGCACAACAGAGUCAGAGAGACCAAAAACCUCUUUUUCCCUCUCGACCAAGGAACCCAAUCACCGGCGGCGGCGCAGUUGCUUCGUCCUCUAAGACCGAUUUAAAUCUGUAUAACAUUUUCUGUAUCGUAAAAUAGCAUAAAAUGCCUGAAGGUUUCCACUUAGAACGCCCUCUGUUCGCCGGUGCCUUAACUAGCACCUUCCCUCAAAGGUUCCAGGAGGUGUUUGUGGAUCCUUCCCGGGAUGAAAGUUUGAUCUUUGAGAUAUUAGAAUUGAAGGAAGAAGUUGGUGAUGAUGGAAGUGCUUCAUGGUUUCUUCAAGACCUUGCCUCUGAACAAGAAUCUGAAGGCUGCGUGGUGAUUGAACAGUCAGCAGUGACUUAGGCCCCUGGACUGUGCUAUAGGAGCACACCUGCUGUCAUUAUAACUGCAGUAGGCCAAAUGGUAUGUGUCCAUAGUAAUCUUUUAGGUUGUGUUUGCUGUUGGUUAUGGGUUUUUACUUUCUUUAGUUUGCCUUCACAUUUAAGUAAUGGAUGAUUGGCCUUUGGUCUAUUGUGUGGAAUCAUAAAUGUCACCAACCUUGUAUCUGUCGUAAACUUGUGAUUAUUGAUGCUAGGUAUCUGUUCUUCUACUUCCUUCAAUGUGCCUCUUCUGUAGGGACAAAGAUGAAAAAACAAAAGGGAAAUUGUGUUCAAAUAUGUAUAUAUUUCAACAUUUUCUUUCAAGUAACCUUACAUAAUAUAUCCUUUUCCUUUCCUGAUGACUGAUAUGGAAUGGAAGAGAAAUAGUGAAACAGUGUGCUGCUUCAUCACCUGAUUAAUCAUUAUCGGUAUUGAAUAUUUUUCUUUCCAAAUAAUUUGUAUUGAACUGCCAUUAGAAACAUUUACGAAGAACUAUGAUGAUUGCAAGAAGUGCUUUUGAAGCAUGGCUUGUAGUUUCUCCAUUGCAUGGAAAAUAUUCUUUGUUUAUCAAACUUCCUUUGAAGAAUCUCAAAGUUAAACUGUAUUAACCUUUUGGGCUCAUAUCAAUUCAUUAUUUUGGUUACUUGAACAUAGGCUAUCUCUAAGGGACAGCAAGGUAGGGAAGCACAAAAUGUUGUGAGGGUAAGUUAUUUCUCUUCUUUUUUAAAUCUAGCUUAGGAUUUUCUUUCCACCAGCUAAUUACGGUUUAGUGUUUCUGUGCUCUAUUAAUAUUUUAUUGUUAUCUUGUGGGUAUAUGUUGCAAAUGUUCGUCUUAAAGAAGUUAACACGGAUAUCCUAAUUUCUGCAUAUGAGCCGAUUCAUAUAAAGUAAGUACUAGGAGUUUGUGUUCUGCUGCAACAAGUUCUCGGUUUUUUUGCUUUUCUUUCUGAGAGUACAAAUCAUUGAUUAAAUGCUAUCACCUAUACUUGAAUAAAUAACACCUAAAAGAAGAGCAUCUACACAUGAAUAUACUUACAACAUUCAGUCAAUCUAUGCAUAAUUUCUCUUGUAUUUCAAUAAUUUUAAACAACUAACAAGUUGAAACAUGUUAUAUUAAUUGCAAGUGUAAGAUUAAUGCCUCUUUUUCUUCCAAAUGUUAAGAUGUUGAAUUUCAAGGAUACAAAUGUAUUUCCUCUCAACAUAAAUUUUCCUGCCACUAGUGCUUUAGUAAUGUAAAGAGGCAGAGCAUAAUCUUCCUCCUUUGCACCCUCCUUGUGUUAGAUUCUCCGAUUGUGGUUCAGUUCCCAAAUGUUUGAACAGAAAUAGAUGGUAACAACACUGUUUUGUGUUGUGUUAAUAUUUCCGACACCCUCACACUUUCCUUAUUGUUUUCAGUCCAUUGAGUGAAAGUGCUACCGCCGUCGGGGCUGGUGCUGCCACUCCUGCCGAGCUUUCUGGAUGUACGCCAAUGGUUGAGGUCUUCAAACUUGCUCUCUCAACGUUUAAAGUCAACAACUGGGGCCUUUUUGGAAGUGUAUAGAUGAGUCAUAGGGCCAUGUAUAGAUUAUACAUGAAUAGGUUGUUUUAGAUUUAAUGAUUAUUUUUUGUUCAGAAAGAUUGUUGCCAGUCACCAAACUUAGUUUCUGUUGUCAUCUUCCAUUUUCUUUGAAUGUUGAACUGAAUGGCUUCUUGGUUUGGUGACUUUGGUCUCAGUCCUUUUUGUAAAGUUUGAAUUGUGAAAAUUACUUUCUGAUCAUCUCUCUCUCUCCACUGUAGAUGUUACUGCUUGUGUUCAGUUUUACACAAUAAAAAUUAACCUCAUAGUAGGGAUUUGUAAAUGAUAUCACUUCUUUUUUAUUUUUUUAACAAA